GCCGACGUGAAGUGGGGCGUGAGGAGCGCGGUCGCACCGGGGCGGGGUGGGCGGGGCCGGGCUCCGGGAGCGCUGCUCCGGCUGAGGCGAACAGGGAGGCGACCGCGCGUCCGCCGAGGGGCCGGCGGGCGCUGUGCUAUAAACCCUACAGAAUAUCCAUUGGUGGGUUUCUCUUGAAGAGAGAGCCAUAUCAAGGAAUAUCAAGGGAUAUAGCUUGAAUUGGCUUUUUGUGUGUAAUGUUCAGGCUUAGAAAUGCCUUAUGUGGAUCGUCAGAAUCGCAUUUGUGGUUUUCUAGACAUUGAGGAAAAUGAAAACAGUGGGAAAUUUCUUCGAAGGUACUUCAUAUUGGAUACCAGAGAAGAUAGUUUUGUAUGGUACAUGGAUAAUCCACAGAACUUACCUUCUGGGUCAUCACGUGUGGGAGCCAUUAAACUUACCUACAUUUCAAAGGUUAGCGAUGCAACUAAGCUCAGGCCAAAGGCUGAAUUCUGUUUUGUUAUGAAUGCAGGGAUGAGGAAAUAUUUCCUACAAGCUAAUGAUCAGCAGGACCUAGUAGAAUGGGUAAAUGUGUUGAACAAAGCUAUAAAAAUUACAGUACCAAAGCAGUCAGACUCACAGCCUCAUUCUGAUAACUUAAGUCGCCAGAGUGAAUGUGGGAAGAAGCAAGUGUCUUACAGAACUGACAUUGUUGGGGGCGUGCCCAUCAUUACCCCAACUCAGAAAGAAGAAGUAAAUGAAUGUGGUGAAAGUAUUGACAGAAAUAAUUUGAAACGGUCACAAAGCCAUCUCCCCUACUUUACUCCUAAACCACCCCCAGACAGUGCAGUCAUCAAAGCUGGAUAUUGUGUAAAGCAAGGAGCAGUGAUGAAAAACUGGAAGAGAAGAUAUUUUCAAUUGGAUGAAAACACAAUUGGCUACUUCAAAUCUGAACUGGAAAAAGAACCCCUCCGUGUAAUACCACUUAAAGAGGUUCAUAAAGUCCAGGAAUGUAAGCAGAGUGACAUAAUGAUGAGGGACAAUCUCUUUGAAAUUGUAACAUCGUCUCGAACUUUCUAUGUGCAGGCUGAUAGUCCUGAGGAGAUGCACAGUUGGAUUAAAGCGGUCUCUGGUGCCAUUGUAGCACAGCGGGGGCCUGGCCGAUCAGCAUCUUCUGAGCAUUCCAGCUGGCCUUCCGAACCCAAACCCGCGCUCCGCUCUGCCAGUGCAGCAGCCACCGCCUCACAUUCCACAGCCUCUCACAGCAACUCUUUGGUCUCAAGCUUUACCAUGGAGAAGCGAGGAUUUUACGAAUCUCUUGCCAAGGUCAAGCCAGGGAACUUCAAGGUCCAGACUGUCUCUCCAAGAGAACCCGCUUCCAAAGUGACUGAACAAGCUCUGCUAAAACCUCAAAGUAAAAAUGGCCCUCAGGAGAAAGAGUGUGACCCAGUGGACUUGGAUGACGCGAGCCUUCCGGUCAGCGAUGUGUGAGACUGAAGCGCGUGGAGCUUCACCUGCCUCCUCAGCCCUUCUAGCCAAAGAUGGUAGGGGAUGAAACGGUUUUUAAUACAUAUAUUAUACUGCCUCUUUGAUGUACUCUUUAUAAGCUGGUAAACCAAGAAUCCAGGGAGUGGCCAAACUAAAUGUAAUGUCUUUAAAAAAAAAAAACAAAAAAAAGACAAAAGAACGCAAGAAAAAAACCGAAGUGUUUCAGUAUCAAACUGUCUGAAGCUCUGUGUGCUCUCUUUUGGGUGAUGAAAAUGUGUGUGGUAUUUAUCCCUAGUGAAUCUGACAAUUUAAAUGUUUAACAACUUAGAACAUUAAAAAUGCUUAUUAAUUAUUUUGGUUGUUUUUAAAAUGCUACUUAGAGUUCCUAUUAGAGGUUUGGUAUUUACAUAUUCUUACUGGUUAAUAUUAUUGAAUGAGAUAUUGUCUGACUAAGAUAUCUAAAAUCAUGAUGUCUGUGGUGCUGUAAAAUUUAUACUAUGAUGUGGACAAUUUGGAAAUGAUAACCAUCUUUGAUGCUCUGGAUCUCAAGGUGAGUGGCAAGUGUUGCGUAGAGGAUAUCACUGGACCUGUUAGGGUUGUAGGCUGCACGGGGUGGAAAUUAGAACUCACACAACUGUGUCUUGGAUGUGGAUUUGAAAAAACUUAGGACUUGCAGCAUGAAACAGUGAAAAUGAUUUGGUAUGAAGUUUCUGGGAGAUCUGAUUUUCAUAUCGAGGUUUUAUAAAUAGUUCAUAUUUCUAUAUUUGGAUCAAUGAAAGACCCCAAGUUUAUAUGUAAAGACAUACUGCCCUUAGCCGUAUGAUUGCAGCCUCCCCUUUUUGUCACUGAUUAACCUCUAUUCAAGCACCUGUGUCUUCUCAUCUUGUUGGAGAAUAUUGUCGGACUAAUGUUCUCAAAAGUCCUACAUGAUCGGUUUUAAACAUUGGGAUAAAAUUAAUUUUCAGUAGCAUAGUUUAAUGUGCUAAAUAAGAUAGCUUCUCGUGGUCAAGAUGCCAGAAUGCUUUUAUUCUCCUACCUGUGUAAUGUAGAUGUUGUAAACCACAAAUUUGAGUAUACAUUUAAUCAUGGGGAUAUCGUAAACGUCAGCACCGUUCUAAAAACCCUUAGUUUCAAGUGUUGCAUAAUAGAUCAGUUUGAAGUACCAUUUUUAAUGGUUGAGUUUUAAACAUUUGCUUUAAGAAAAUAGUCUUGAAUUUCACAUGCUGCUAUUUUUACGAUAUUUUGCCAUCUUACUGUACUGUUUUGUUUUGAGUUCAUAUGUGUCACUGUUUCUCCUUUGCGUUUUCUAAGAUGACGUCUUGUUUGAGAGAGAAGUGGGAGAGAUUUCCUCUGCAGUGGUGGGGUCCAGAGGUUACUAUCUGUUAUAGUGGAAUUAUCAUGGAGUCAGUUUAAAAAUCCAAAUGCAUAAAGUGCACCACUCAUUUUUUUUAUUCAUAAGCUAAUAACUUUGAAAAGCUAUAUUUCAGUUUUUUUUCUUUUUUGCAGCUACAUUGGAAAAUGGUAGAAUGGAAGGGUUUGAAGUAGAUACCACGUUUUCUGCUGAUAUAUCCAUUAUAAUGGCUCUUUUGAAAGUUACUUUUUCAUGAAUGCACCUAAGAAAUCUUGUAUAGACAGUUUGCAAUAUUCAGGAGCCUCAUGCUUUUUUCUUUGGUACAGCUUCUACAUUUGCAUGUUCAUUUUAGCAUAUUUUGGUAUUGGUAAUUUGAUAUAUUUCAUAGUGGCAAAAUACUAGCUCUAUUUUGGGACUUUUUAUAGAACUACCCUUGUAUUCAGUAGCAUAGGAAAAUGUUCUUGUGAUUAUCAGGGUCUCCUAAUAUUUAUCUCAAUACUUUUAUAAUUCUAUGAAAAUUAUUUAAUUAUUUUAAAACAUACUUUUCUUGUAAAUAUGUCACAUCUGAAUUGUCAAAAAUUUACUUUGAAUACCUUAAUAUUUGCUGCAUUUUUUCCCCUGUAUAUAUAAUAUGUCUUCUUUCAGAAUGGGAAUGUACGUGUGCUUCCCAGUGUUUACUUUUACGUCUGUUAUCUUUAUAAUGUCAAAUUGGUUGAACACUGUAAUGACUUGAGAAUAAACUCAAAAUUCUAACUUCUCA